AUGGCACCUGCCGGUAAGGAGGCGGCCCCGCCCAAGCUCUCCGAUGUCAAGGAUCUCAUCGAUGAGAGUACAUUUGAGCAGAUCCUUGAGAUGGACGAUGACGACGACUGUGACUUCAGCAGGGGCAUUGUCUACGGCUUCUUCGAUCAGGCCAAAUCCACAUUUACCAACAUCAAGACUGCUCUUGAGAAAAAGGAUCUCAACGAGCUUUCCCAGCUCGGGCAUUUCCUCAAGGGCUCUUCUGCCACCCUUGGCCUCAUUCAUGUCCGGGAUGGCUGUGAAAAGAUUCAGCACUUUGGCAAUGGUCUUGAUGAGAAUGGCUCCGGCAAGCUCUCCGAUGAGGUCGCCCUGAAGAAUACUGAAAAGACCCUGAAGGAAGUCGAGGUCGAAUACAACAAGGUCGAGAAGUUCCUACGCCGCUUCUACGGCGAGGAAGUCAAGGAUGAGCCCGAACCCAAGGCCGAGCCCGAGUCCAAGGAAGAAAAGAAGCCCGCCGCCUCCGAUAGCAAGGAGGCCAAACCCACAGAGAAGACCGACGAUACCGAGGAAAAGCCCAAGACCGACGCCUCGAAGAAAUAA